ACGGCACACAGAACAUCACAAGCUGGGGCUGAAUUCUGUCUCAGUCGAGGGAUUUUUCUAUAUCUAAAUUGAUCAGUUUGUCCAAUUUAUUAUUUAUUAUUAUUUCAACAGAGGACUAUUCUGAUUUAUUUAUGUAAUAUUUUUGAUCAGUCUCCCCAUUUAAUAUUAAUAACCCCCGACUUCAUGUAGCAGCCCGUCUUUUCAUUGCUUGCUCUGGUAGACAAUUUUGAUAAUCACCGUUUUUUAUUUUUUAUUUUUAUGCAAUCCGAUCGCACUCCCAAAGGGAGCCUUUUUUGGGAAUAUAUAUUGACCAGCAAAAUCGUUGAAAACUGUCGGGGCUUGGAGGAGAUUCGAAUUUUUUCCUGCCGGGAGCGGGGGGAUAUAAUAUGUCCAGGCGAAAACAAACGAACCCCUUCAAAGUUAAUUGGCCUUUCUCCCCCGCGGGCCUGAGCGGUCCUGAGCACAUGCUAAAGAUGGAGGGCAGGGAGGACUUCGCAGACGACAACUCCCGGGACCCCGAGGAGCAGGACAGCACGUCGGAGGACAGCGACAGCGACCUGGACCCCGGAGAGGACUCGUCCUCCAACACCUCCGCCGACGACAGCGUGACGGGCCUCGGCCGCAGCCGGUCCUCCCUGCAGGAGGGCGACAUGAAGGAGGAGAGCGAGGAGGGGGCAGAGCUGGAGAACGGGUACAUGUGCUCUCUGUGCACGCUGGAGUUCGGGAGCCCCGAGCAGCUGAUCGCGCACGUCUACCAGCACACAGCGGUGGGCGGCAGCAGGAGCAGUUAUGUGUGCCCGGUGUGCGCUCGAGUCCUCAGCUCCCCCGGCUCUCUGGGGCGUCACCUCCUCAUCCACUCAGAGGACCGCCUGUCCAACUGCGCCGUGUGUGGAGCACGCUUCACUGACACCAGCAACUUCAACAGGGAGAAGCUGAGCGAGUUCAUCAACGCCGGCCAAUCGGAGAGCAGCAGCAGCGACGAAGCCUGCCUCCUCCCGCCGCCCUGCCUCUCCGGCCCCGCCCACAGCCCCGGCCCCGCCCUCCCCUCCCUGACGGACAGCCUCUUCUCCCCGCCCCCGUCCCUGCCGCCCCUCCCGGACCCGCUGGGCGGCCCCGGCGCGGGGCUCCCGCCCCUCCCGGACCUCCUCUCCCCGCUGCCCGUGUCCCCCGCCGGCGUGCUGCUGGUGUGCAACGGCUGCGUGGCGUUCCGGCGGCUCCUGGCGGGCGGGGCGCGGGCGGCCCUGCGGCGCUGGCCCGGCGACCCCCCGGAGGAGCGGACGCGGCGGCUGGAGCGCGAGCGCGCGGCCAAGAAGACCAAGCGCGCGCGGGAGUCGGGCGCGGAGCGGGAGCUGCGGCGGCUGCGCGACCGCGAGGCCAAGCGGCUGCAGCGGCUGCAGGAGACGGAGGAGCAGCGCGCGCGCCGGCUGCAGCGCGACCGCGACGCCAUGCGGCUGAAGCGCGCCAGCGAGACGCCGGAGCGGCGGCAGGCGCGGCUGGAGCGCGAGCGCCAGGCCAAGCGGCUCAAGCGGCGGCUGGAGAAGAUGGACGCCCCGCUGCGCGCGCAGAUCCAGCGCCGCCCCGCCGCCGUGGCCGCGCUCACCGCCGACAUGGGCCUCUUCCAGUUCCCCUGCCCCGCCCUGGACAACGGGGGCUUCCUCAAGCUGCCCUAG